CAGCGCACGAGUGUGACGCGGUGACCGAGGAAGUGCAACAUAUCGACGUGUACAUCCUCACGCUGUGCUUCCGGUUAAGCAAAAGCGUGAUCAGUCGUGCUCGGUCGCUCUUCCCUUCCUCGGCUCACAGUAGAGGCGUCUCGUAGGAUUCUCCCGGUUCCUUUACCUCUCUCUCUUCCCUCCCUAACGGAAUACUCAUUCAGCCCAGCGGACAUGGCAUCUGCAGUAACGGCACAAGUUCAGUCCAACCCAGCUUCAGCUCCGCAGCUGCAGAGGGGAAUAGUGAAGAUGGUCUUGUCUGGUUGUGCUGUCAUCGUUAGGGGUCAGCCGCGAGGAGGACCCCCUCCAGAACGACAGAUCAACCUGAGUAACAUCCGAGCCGGAGCUCUCGCCCGUCGUGCAGUUCAGGGUCAACCAGACACCAAGGACACACCAGAUGAGCCAUGGGCUUUCCAGGCACGAGAGUUUUUGCGCAAGAAAGUAAUCGGCAAAGAAGUCUACUUCACCGUGGAGAAUAAAACCCCUCAAGGCAGGGAAUACGGCAUUGUCUUCCUGGGAAAAGACACCUCAGGAGAAAAUAUCGCAGAGUCCCUGGUGGCCGAAGGUCUUGCCACAGUUCGCAGAGAAGGCAUCAGAGGAAACAAUCCUGAUCAGGUUAGACUGUGUGAUUUGGAGGACCAAGCCAAGGCUGCUAAAAAGGGUCAGUGGUCUGAGGGUGGAGGCUCACACACUAUUCGAGAUCUGAAGUAUACCAUCGAGAACCCUCGCAAUUUUGUGGACUCCCUCCACCAGAAACCAGUCAACGCCAUUAUUGAACAUGUGCGUGAUGGCAGCAUGCUACGGGCGCUGCUUCUGCCCGACUACUAUCUGGUGACAGUCAUGCUGUCUGGAAUCAAGUGCCCUACGUUUAAACGGGAGGCAGAUGGCAGCGAGACCCCUGAACCCUUUGCAGCAGAGGCAAAGUUCUUCACAGAGUCAAGGCUUCUUCAGCGAGAUGUGCAGAUCAUUUUGGAGUCUUGUCCCAACCAGGUCAUUCUGGGGACCAUCUUGCACCCGGUGAUGCAAGUCGUGAAUGCAGAUGCCAUCGUGGUGAAGCUGAACUCUGGGGAGUAUAAGACCAUCCACCUGUCCAGCAUCAGGCCCCCGAGACUUGAAGGCGAGGAGAAGAACAAGGACAAAGACAAGCGUUUCCGUCCACUCUAUGACAUUCCUUACAUGUUUGAGGCACGGGAAUUCUUGAGAAAGAAGCUCAUUGGCAAGAAGGCUGGAGAGAAUGAGUGGCAUUCACUAGCAGUGGCUAAUGGAGGGAAAUCUGUGGAGAAGUGCAUUUCCUCCUCUCGGAAAGAGCACGUUUGGAUAAUCCUGCCCGCUCAAAGUGCCUCCUGUUAUGUGGGUGUGAGCGUAUGUUCCAAGCAGUUUGCUGGUUUAUAUGGAAGAGGACGUGCUGAGUUUUCAUAUGUUGCCCUGAUGAUGUACAUUGAGGCUGCCGCGGCAGAGCUGUGCAGACUUCAUUCAUCUUUUCCCUCUACUUAUGCUUUAGAGGGAAUUACAGUGGCGUGUGAGACUAGCAGCUCACUUUUAAGCCAUGAAAUAUGUAUUACAGAGUUUCCUGACUACACCUACCCUCACCACAUUAGACUCCACUCACAGGGACUUAAGCUUGCAGAGAGCAGAAACAUUGCUGAGGCUCUGGUCAGUAAAGGUCUCGCAACAGUGAUCAGAUACCGUCAGGACGACGAUCAAAGAUCUUCUCAUUACGACGAGCUCUUGGCAGCAGAGGCAAGGGCAAUCAAGAAUGGUAAAGGACUUCACAGCAAGAAAGAAGUGCCCAUUCACAGGGUGGCAGACAUUUCAGGGGAGACACAGAAGGCUAAACAGUUCUUGCCAUUCCUGCAGAGAGCGGGCCGCUCGGAGGCUGUGGUGGAGUACGUGUUCAGUGGCUCCAGACUCAAGCUCUACAUGCCCAAAGAAACAUGUCUCAUCACCUUCCUGCUCGCUGGUAUCGAGUGUCCCCGAGGGUCUCGAAACAUGCCAGGUGGGAUGCAGGUGGCAGAGCCGUACAGUGACGAAGCCACAAUCUUCACCAAAGAGCUGGUUCUUCAGAGAGAGGUGGAAGUGGAGGUGGAGAGCAUGGAUAAAGCAGGAAACUUUAUUGGCUGGCUUCACAUCGAGGGUGUGAAUUUGUCCGUCGCUCUGGUGGAUAACGCCCUGUCGAAGGUCCACUUCACUGCAGAGAGAAGCUCCUACUACAAGACUCUGCUGUCUGCAGAGGAAACCGCCAGACAGAGUAAAGAGAAGCUCUGGGCCAAUUAUGAAGAGAAACCAAAAGAAGAGGUGGCUCAGCUCACAGAGGAGAAGGAACGUGUGGCGAAAUACAGAGCCGUCUAUGUCACCGAGAUCACAGAUGGACUGCACUUCUACGCGCAGGAUGUGGAAACCGGUACUAAGCUGGAGAGCCUGAUGGAGAGCAUGCGUGGAGAGAUUGCCGCCCAGCCUCCGGUGGAAGGAUCCUUUGCCCCGCGCAGAGGGGAUUUCUGCAUCGCAAAGUUUGCUGAUGGAGAAUGGUACAGAGCUCGCGUCGAGAGAGUUGAAUCUCCAGCAAAGGUUCACGUGUUCUACAUCGACUAUGGAAACAGAGAGAUAUUAUCCUCCACGCGUCUUGCAGCCCUUCCUCCAGCCUUCAGCACGCGUACGCUUCCUCCACAGGCUACAGAAUACACAUUUGCCUUCAUUCAGGUCCCACAGGAUGAAGACGCACGGACCGACGCCGUGGACAGUAUGGUGAGGGACAUUCAAAACACACAGUGUCUGCUGAACGUGGAAUACAGUGGAGCUGUCUGCCCACAUGUCACGCUGCAGUUUACGGACUCGAAAGAUGACGUGGGUCUGGGUCUGGUGAAAGAAGGCCUUGUCAUGGUGGACGUACGGAAAGAGAAGCACCUGCAGAAAAUGGUGACUGAAUAUCUGAAUGGCCAGGAAUCUGCCAAGAGUGCCAGGCUUAACAUUUGGCGUUAUGGAGAUUUCCGUGAUGAUGACGCGGAUGAGUUCGGCUAUCGCCGCUAAGUCGUUGUUCCAAAGACCUUGAGGAAGACAAGAUGCAUUCGCAGAGAACACACACAAAAAUUAAAAUCAUGACAAAAAAAACAACAAAACAUCAGUAUGAUCUUAUUUUUUCUAACGUUGAACAUUUUUCUCUCUCUGUUGUUUUUUUUAUACUCUGUGCAUAUCCUCUCUUCUGCCCAAGGACUUUGUUUCUUGUCAUUUUCUUUUUCUUUUUUAAGCGAGUAGGCUACAGAUAACUCUACCUGUUGCUGCUUCAAAUAGGACCAAUGUACUUACCUUAAUCUUAAAUUUUGACAUGUUAGCCAAUCAUCUUUUUCAUGUAAAUUUUUAGCCAAUCACCAGCUGUCAAACCCCAUCCUAGCAAACCUGAUCUGCCCAAUCAGAUUUCUAUAUUUUGGGGCAAGACUUUUAAAGAAAUGAGGGGGAUGCACAGAGCAACCGUGAACUCAACAGCUUGCUGAGAAAACGCCUCCUUAAUCAUGAGAUUCUAUAUUUCAGUAUAUAUAUGGAUAUUUUGAAGUUAGAUCAGAACUAACCAAGUGAACUUACUGAGCGUAUUUUUAUCUCUCUCUGAUGUGAUCUGAGUGUUCAGUGACAUUUCUGGGCAUUUGUGUAAGGACGUGUGUUUUCUCUUUUUCUGUGGCAAAAGAACCGCUGCCAGCACCUUUACAAGCAUCUCUCGGCUUCAUCUGUGAGGUUUACUCAACGGUCAUCGUUUCUUCUUUUCCUGCUCUUGCCCGCCAUACAGAAACAGUGUUUGAAUUUCUUUCCUUCUGAGGUAGACCCUGUCAUUGUAUUUAAAUCUGAGAAAUAAAAAUGAGCAAAGUG